UGCACGGUGGCGUGGGUACAUUGCGUCAGACGCUGUUGUAGGGACAACUUGUCAGUCCGUAUAUAUACACAGGUCGACAACGUUGAAGUGAGAAUCGUCAUGGCUGACGCUAAAGACCCCAAAGUCCUGGAGGAUGAGGUCACCCCCUGGACUGUCCAGAGCGUGUCCCAGAAAGGCGUGGACUACGACAAACUGAUAGAUAAAUUUGGCAGUGUAAGAAUAACGGAGGACCUCAUCAAGAGAAUCGAACGUGUGACAGGGAAGAAACCACAUCGUUUCCUCACAAGAGAAAUAUUCUUCUCGCACCGAGAGCUGGGGCAGGUCCUGGACAUGUAUGAGAAGAAGCAGCCCUUCUACCUGUACACCGGCCGCGGACCUUCAUCAGAGGCCAUGCACCUGGGACACCUUAUACCCUUCAUCUUCACGAAAUGGCUGCAGGAUACGUUCGACGUUCCGUUGGUGAUCCAGAUGACAGAUGACGAGAAGUUCCUGUGGAGGGACCUGGAACUGGAGGAGGCACACCGCCUCGCGCAUGAGAACGCCAAAGACAUCAUCGCUUGUGGUUUUGACCUUGACAAGACUUUCAUCUUCAGCGAUUUUGAAUAUGUUGGAGGCUCCAUUGAGUUCUACAAGAAUGUUUGUCGUGUUGAGAAGCUGGUGACGGUCAAUCAAGCCAAGGGAAUAUUCGGCUUCACCGACAGUGACUGUAUCGGCCAAAUCAGUUUCCCGGCCAUCCAAGCAGCACCUAGCUUCAGUUCCUCAUUCCCACAGAUCUUCAACGGGAGGAGUGACGUGCCCUGCCUCAUACCCUGUGCCAUAGAUCAGGACCCGUAUUUCCGGAUGACACGUGACGCAGCGCCCCGGAUGAAAUGCCACAAACCAGCCCUAGUUCACUCCGUGUUCUUUCCUGCUCUGAAGGGGGCCAAAGGGAAGAUGAGCUCCAGCGACCCUACAUCAUCAAUCUUCCUCACUGACUCGAAAAAGGAGGUAGCUGACAAGAUUAACAAGUACGCAUUUUCAGGCGGGCAAGACACGAAAGAGGAUCAGGAGAAACAUGGCGGUGACUGUUCCAUUGAUGUGUCCUACCAGUAUCUCAGAUUCUUCCUGGAUGAUGAUGCCAAGCUCAAAGACAUCGAAGAGCGGUACACCCGUGGACAGAUGAUGACGGGAGAGCUGAAGCAAGAGCUCAUCAAAGUCCUUCAGGCCCUGGUUUCCGGUCAUCAAGAGCGGCGUGCGCAGAUCUCCGACGCCACGGUUGACUACUACAUGACACCCCGGAAACUCAAGUACAACUACACCGACCCCUCUAAGCCUCUGGGCACUUGCUGAGGGGAAUAGCUGAGGCAAAUUGUGGGUUGACAGGAAUCUGUUACCAUAUAUCGAAUACAUGUAUUGUGAUUUUGUAUAUCACAUGUCAUAAUGACCGUUCUUUAUCUUUCUAAGCUGAUGUUUGUCUUGUAGCAAUCUAGACGUGGAAAUGAAAUGUUUUUUUCUUUAAGUAAGACGAUGGUAGAAGAAGAACUAUGUUUAAUGUAGCACAUAGUAAACAUGUAAAACAGGUUCAAGAAAUAUUUGAACAAACUGGAAU